GACAAUUAAAUAUAGUAAUAUCUAUUCCCGUGCCAUUAAAUAAAUUAAAAAAUGAACAUAUUUAUUAGGUACCUACCCAUUUAUUGAACAAUUGAUUAUUGAUCAUGCUUGUAAGUCGAAAAAUGUCGUGUGUACUCACAGAAUAGUAAUAUUUUAAUAAAGUGAACGGUCUACCUAGUCGUAUAAGUCAGUAUCACAGAGUACUUUUCGUGAUACUUGAAAGUCAGUAUUCACUUUUCAGUAAUAUUAGCAAGUCAAUAACAAUACGUUAGAGGUAUAAUUUGAAAACGUUGAAUGGUUAUUAUAAAACAGACUGCAUAGUGUAUAAUAUUUUCAAGGGAUUAAUCCAUAUUUUUUGAAAAAUGAAGACAUCUGUACGGCAAGUAUACACAUCUGUUGCUUGUAACCGUACUCCAGAAAUUUUAGACUGGAACAAGGAAGGUUUCAUGUGCUUUGGAGCAAGCAAUUCUGUUGUUAUUUAUGAUACGAAUGUUAAAGGCAAAGACCCCCUGAUUGUGCUCUGUCAGCAUCAAUCUAGAGUAAACAAUGUGAAGUGGUUACGAAAGCCAGAUGGCUCGUCAACUGAGCUGGUAUCAGCUUCAGCUGAUAAAACUGCAGUUGUUUGGUCUCUCAAAGAUGGAGCAUGGAGGGCAACCAGUAAUCUGCUGGGGCAUCAAGACAGUGUUACCACAGUUUAUGGUAUUUACACUGGAGAUGAUGAACUAACUGUGUUCACUGGUUCUAUUGACUCUACUGUAAAAGUUUGGACAAGAUGCAAUGAUACAAUGUUAUUAAAACAGACAAUCAGUCUUAACUCUGGCUUGUGCCUGACCAUUCAUGCUCAAAUUCUCCCUGCUGUUAAGAAGCCUCUACUAUUUUUAGCAUUGGAUGAUAAUAAAAUACAUGUGUUUGCUUUAAAUAGUGACUAUCAUAGAGUGGACACAUUGGUUGGUCAUGAAGAUUGGGUGAGAGGAGUGGAUAGUUAUAUUGAAGACAAAGCUGUGCUAUUGGCAUCUGCAUCACAAGAUACUUACAUUCGCUUAUGGAGAAUCCAAGAAUACUAUGAUGAACCAUCGGGAUCUGGUAUCAGGAUGGAGGAUAAAACAUUUAUUGCAUACGGUGUAUUGUGGUCUGUCAAACUUGAUGCAGUUCUUGCUGGCCAUGAAGGAUGGGUGUAUGGAGUACAUUGGGAUUGUAUUAAUGAAAUAGGUAAUAAACAAAAGAGGCAGCAGUUGCUUUCAUCUUCAUUGGACAAGACUAUAAUAAUCUGGCAGCAGGAGAAUACUGGGGCGUGGGUGGAGACUGUUAGAGUGGGAGAAGUUGGAGGAAACGGACUUGGCUUCUAUGGUAGCAAAUUUGGACCCAAUGCCUUUGUGGGCCAUGGAUACAAUGGCUCCCUUCAUAUGUGGAAAUAUGAUAAGGAAACAGGGAAAUAUGAUCCAAGUGUGGUGGUGGGGGGGCAUUUCGGCGGAGUGGAGGCCGUGUGCUGGGAGCCUAGCGGCCAGUACCUGCUGUCGGUGUCGCAGGACCAAACCGCCAGAGUGCACGCGCCCUGGAAGCGGCCUGAUGGCAGCACGGAGUGGCACGAGGUGGCGCGGCCCCAGGUGCACGGAUAUGACCUGACCGCGGCCGCGGCGGUGUCCCCCGACAUGUACGUGUCGGCUGCUGACGAGAAGCUUCUGCGAGUGUUCCGCGCCACCAACAACUUCGUAGACAACCUGCACAGAAUCACGGGUGUCACACUCGUCGAGCGAGAAGGAGAUACAGGUCCAGAAGGAGCAUCAGUGCCAUCCCUAGGUCUGUCCAAUAAGGCGGUGUUCACCGGUGAUGACUUAACACAGAGAGAUGAUGAUAACGACGGAUACUUCGUGCCUGUGCAGCUUCAUGGGCCGCCAACUGAAGAGACGCUGAUGCAAAACACUCUGUGGCCGGAAGUUCAGAAGCUGUACGGGCACGGGUACGAGGUGUUCUGUGUGGACGUGAGUCCGGACGGCUCCCUGCUAGCGUCCGCGUGUCGCGCUACCACGCCCGAGCACGCCGCCGUCUUACUGUGGGAAGUAACGAACUGGCAACAAAUUCAGAAGCUCGUACAUCACUCACUGACGGUCACCCAGCUGGCCUUCUCGCCUAACAGCCGAUUCUUGUUGUCUGUGUCGAGGGACCGGAAGUGGAGCUUAUUCAUCAGGAAGUCUAACACCGAAAACAGAUUCGAGCUAGCUGCCUACACGGACAAGACCAACGGCAUACAUGCGAGGAUAAUCUGGUGCUGCGCUUGGAUUUCCGACUCUAAAAAGUUCUUGACUGGCUCUAGGGAUGGUAAGGUGUGCGUCUGGUCUCAAACUCCGAUUAUGUCCGAAACAUCGCUGAGUGUAUAUGUCUUAUACAAUAAACUGGGACUAGACACCUCUGUGACGUCACUGGCAGCCACCGCACACAGCAACAGAGUGAUAAUCGCGGUCGGUCUCGACACUGGUCUCAUCAAUCUGUACCACCUGGGCCACGAGUGGACUCUGUUGCUUCAGAUGGAUCACAGUUCGGCGCACCACAUGACCGUCAAGAGGCUGGCAUUCCGCCCUCGAGAAUCGGACGAUGAAGAAGUGCUGCUGGCGAGCGGCGGCGCCGACGGCUUCGUGAGGAUACACCGGCUGCGAGCGGCAUAGCUGUUACUACUAGUGCCCCUGCCCGAGCGCAUAGCUGCAAUUAAGGGGUGCUACCAGUAAUAAAGACUGUACAAAAACUAUGUGCUCCUAUAUGCUCAUAUUAACACAUUUUAAAACUAAGGGCCGCAAAUGCAUCUAUUGUGACAGAGCAGCGCGCCACACCCAUCGAUGUACACGGGGGACGGACACUACGCAGCUCUAGUUCUCGGGAGGUAGCCGACUUGGUCACAUCGGUGUGCAUCGUAUCACUGUCCGAAGCUAGAUAGACACAGAUAUGGCCUGGCAUGAUUGACCAGCGAAGCAUCCGACAGGUGUUCCAGAUUCAAAGCAUUUCUUAUGCACAAUAUACUAUUUGUGGAAGUAACUGAAUAAAUUGCUAUUAUGAUGUUGGAGACAUCAGACUGUCCUCAACAGUUACACAACCGACAAAGGCUGUGAUCAUCACCAUGACAUAUAUUGUCUUGUGUUCUUGCUAACAUCUUCAUACUGCAGCCUGGAAUAACAGCCAUGUGAACCAUUGUUUGUGGCAAAAAGAAGUGACUUUUACUGCCUUGGACUUACACUGUAUGUAUGUACAGUUGUUCAGUUAGUUUUUCUGCUAUUGUUAGAUAAGUAAUCAGAUUCCUUCAGUCUAUGAACCUACAUCAAUUGAACACACCAUAGUGUGAACAUAUGAAACAGACAAUUAUGAUAUGUAAGUUGAAUGUUUAUACAUUAGUAAAACUGAUUGUUUAUAUAUAUAAAGUACUAACUGGCUCAUUCUUCUAGUAUAAUUAGUGUUGUUAUUACACUAAUUAUACUAGAAGUACACAUUAAAAUGAAUAUAUUUAUUUGAAUGUAUAGUGCAAAAAUAUAUUCAGUCUUAGUCACUAUCUGGUAGCCCUUCAUUACAAAGUGAAAAUAAUAAAAAGCUUUCACAAUAUAUAGGACAGACAUACCAACAAUGACUUUAUACUGCAAUGUGUGUUCUUGUUAAAUAUAUUAGCAUGUAAAGAUUUAAAAUUAUUUGUUGAAUGUAAGUUGUCAAAAAAUAUGAUCACCCAAAAAAAAACAAUAAAAACAACUUGUAAAUGUCUUAGAGGGAAAAAGCACUAUAAACUGGUCAAAUAGAAACAGGGUGCUUGGUAAGAUGGUCAGGAAACCAUCAUACACGAUGUGUUAAUACUUUUGUAAAAGGAACACUAUAUUGAUUGGCAGUCACUGAAGACACUAUCUUGUUUUUUAUUAUAAUUGUAUGGUGGCAAUGUACACUCAAUUGUCGGCUGUCAAACUAUUGUUUAAGAGCUAAGAUCUGCUGACAGUCGGGUUUUGAGUUAUAGGGUACCUAUUGUUUACUGUGUAUCCUAAAAGUGUUGGAAUAAGUGAUUCAAUUUUUGCCAAAUUUAAUACAUAAAAUUGUAUAAUAUAAUAUUAUAUUAAUGUUUGUAUAUUAUAUUUUAACUAAAAUAUAGACUAUUUAUGUGAAUGUUCCAUUUGAUGUGAAAUAAAAUUGAGCAAAAUAUAA